AUGUUCCCUGCAGCACAGAAGUCAGCAUCAAUCCAAUUAAGCCAAUCUAGCCGCAAACCCUGCAAAUCACCAUUAACCACUCACAGUGCAGUGUUACCGAGGACCAGCCAUAGCCCUCGUGUGUCCCAGAGGAGAAGCCGCAGCCCUUGUGUGUCCCAGAGGGGAAGCCGCAGCCCUCGUGUGUCCCAGAGGGGAAGCCGCAGCCCUCGUGUGUCCCAGAGGGGAAGCCGCAGCCCUCGUGUGUCCCAGAGAGGAGUCAGCAGCCCUCAUGUGUCCCAGAGGGGACUAAGCAGCCCUUGUGUGUCCCAGAGGGGACUCGGCAGCCCUCGUGUGUCCCAGAGGGGAGUUGGCAGCCCUCGUGUGUCCCAGAGGGGAAGCCGCAGCCCUCGUGUGUCCCAGAGGAGAAGCCGCAGCCCUCCCGUUUCUGGGUGGCGGAGCAGGUCCCAGAGGAGCAGGUCCCACGGAUCCCGCAGGGGAAGCAGCGCCCACGUCACCGGGAGGCGGAGCAGCACCCAUGGUUCCAGGAGGCGGAGCGGAUCCCGCAGGGGGAGCGGAUCCAGCUGGGGGAGCAGCCCCAACGUUUCUGGGAGGAGGUAUUGA